AUGGCCGCUCAUACACAGUUCAAGCAGUAUGCGUAUGUUUGGAAGCCAGCCUUCGGGCAGCGUCAGACACUAGCCUACAGCAAAGGGAACAUGAGCUUUGUUGAGAGCAUACAUCGUCCGCAAGUCUCUGGAAUCACCACAGGACAGGUCCUCAACACUCUCACCACCGAACAGAUCAUUGACACUUUUGUAAGCAACCAGUUCCAUCAAGACGUUGCUAGGUACUCCUAUGUGGAACACUUAUACGAGGAAUUUCUCCGAGGUGUUGACUUCGAGGUCUUGAAAGGCAAAGUUCCCAGCACAGCCUUGGGGGAAGCAGCGCUUUUGGAUGAUCGAAAUGAUGCAAAGGGGACAAGAGAUAUAGUCUCUGGUUAUCGACGGCAGUCCCGAGGGGCAAUGAAUGCCGCGCAGCUCUACACUACGCUCGCGUUAACACUGGAACAAUUACUAGCACUAUCCCAGACGCUGAACGUCACCGUGGGCUCUUCGCGAUUUUCUCUCGAAUUUCAUCUUCCUUACUACGUCUGGAGAUCACUAGAUUUGGAUGUAGCAGAUAUGAAUAAAAGUCGGCAAGCUUACGGAAAGCCGUUGAGAAAAUCUGAAGAGGUUAUAUAUCUCAAAUUCAAAGAUAAAGACGAUAUCUCUGAUGGAGAUGGGGCUAAGGAGGAAGAAAAAGCUUAUAUACAUGAAGCACAGAUCUCUAUCAUGGUGACCGGGCUUGAUGACUGGUAUUGGACAGCUUAUUGCUUCAUUGACGUGUACUUCAAAAGUCCUGGCCACCAUGAAUCAGUGGAAUACUAUUCAAACACUAACAGAGAUCCUCUUUCAGGAGGUAAAACCUCUACCAUCCUAGACAAACCUGCGUGGCUUCCACGAGAAUACUUCUUACAACUUUUGAUGUAUCGCAUCGAGCAAGUCCAGCAGGAAUGGAGCAACGCUGUGUAUCAGCUCCUCCGCCACAUUCAGCCAUGUAUCCACUCAUUCACAAGAGGUGAAACCGGGCUAGGCGAAAUAGAAGAGCUAGAUAUCACGCAGCAGAAAGGGUUCAAAUGGACUAUUCGAGUUCUGCGACAGUUUACCCAUUUGCUAUCCAAGACAAUCGACUCUUGGGAAAGCUUCAAGGACGGCGAACUCAGGUACUUUUGUGCCCCUGACACCCAGGCUCUGGCACAGCCUUCUUGGGGUCGAUAUCUAGCUGCUAUCGACAAAGAUGUUAUUGAGCUUCGCGAUCUUCGAAGUUCCCUAUUACAUCAGACUGAGCUAUUUGAGAAUAUGACCAACAGCAUCGUUACACAUGCUGCUCAUGCUGAGACAGUCGUUACCAGAUUACAAACACAAUUUAUUCAAGCACUCACUGUCAUCACUAUUUUAUACCUACCUCCAACACUUGCAUCGACCAUAUUCAGCAUGCAGUCAAUUCUCCCUAAAGACGCGAGCAUAAAACAUUGGAUAUACACACUCAUCGGACUCUUCUUCGGCACUCUGAUUUUAAUCUUGAAUUUGCCUGUAUUGAAAACCGCAGUUCGUCGGUCAAGCGGUUUUCUGGACAAGAUCCACAUGCUUGUCAUUGACCGUUGGAAUAAUGGGUUCGAAAAGCGACCUGGGGUAGUAGACGCUGAUGAAGAUGAAGAUGACGACGACGACGGAAUAGAACUGCAUACAGUCGUCUAA